AUGAACUCCGCAUCACUGCGCUUCAUGGUGCUUAUAAGCAUACUAGGAUGUGUUGAAUUGAUCACAGUCAAGACUCCAAAGAAAUAUGUCAAUGUUACACUGGGAGGAACCAUCCUGCUCCCAUGUACGUUCGUGACCACUGCGGAGAACACCGACGGGCUCACCAUCCUGUGGAACUUUGAGUCAUCAUCCUCCAGUACGCCACAGCAGGUGUAUUACUAUCAGUCAGGAAAGGACAUCACUACAGAUUCUUUUACAGGCAGGCUGGAGACUCCGUCUUCUCCCGCCACCACCAAAAACGCCUCGAUAAUAAUAAGAAACAUGCAGCGAGCAGAUGCUGGCGUCUACACUUGUCAAGUUCACAACUUUCCAGAUGUGGACGGACAGUCGGAGGUCAAUAUCAUUGUGGAUGUUCUUGAGAGGCCCUCUGUUCCUUACUGCUCCGUGCACGGUGAUGUGGAAUUUGGUCACCUGGUCACUCUGACCUGCAGCGAGCACGGGAGCCCAAAGCCAACCUACACCUGGACCAGACUGGACCAGACUAGCACGUGGAGUCGUGCACGGGGAAGAGCAACCCCAGGUGGAAUACUGGAAAUCCAAAACAUGACCCAGUUUCAGUUUGGGGAGUACCGCUGCAACGCUACGAAUGUGGUGGGAUAUUCAACUUGCACUGUUGAGCUGAGUCCUGAAGUGAGUGACGGAGUGAUUGCUGGUGCUGUGAUCGGCGCGCUGCUUGGGUGCGUGCUGAUCCUCCUGGUGGUUUGGUUCAUCGCCCACACUGUGAAAAAACACAAAUAUAAAUCAGUCAAAGUGUCAGAGGCCAACGAGAUGAAGAGCCCUCUUCAGGUGCAGGAGGCCUCAGAGAGCGUUCCUGUGGCAACCACGGCCGACAACCUCCAUGCUGAGGGAGAUGAGGCACAAGCCUAA